AUUGAUAUAUCCGAAUUUUUAGUUGUCACCUAUAUAUCAUAUCAGCAGUGAUAUGUCAAAUGAUAAUAUUCUGACAUGUUUACACCUAGCAAUUCUCUAUGGCAUUUAUGAAAUGUAUGACGCGGAUCCCAUAUGCUACACUUAUAGCAUUUAUACUCUGCAUAAUCGGAGUUGGGUUGUUUUGCGGAACAAUGUGGGAAGCAGUAUCAAUAACUUUGAUUCAGAUGGAAACAAAUUUUCACAUUAAAUUAACCACUUUGGAUCAUAUCCGCACUGCAUUUAUAGUUGUUGCAUCUACGAUGGGAACAAUAUCGAUCCUUUUGUUAAUCGUUGGAUUCCUGGCAACUGGUGCCACCCGAGAAACCAUAUACAGAGGCAAUAAAUCCAGGAUAAGUGGCAGAGUUUCUAUCAUAUUUUUUAUGUUGGUGACGUAUGUACUAAGCUUGGUCUGGCUCCUGGUUCUUUGCUUGAUGACCAUCCUAUGUUUUACCUUGGGAAUGUUUGCGGGAAAUUGUUAUGCUAAUCGCAAAGAAAGCACAGGGGUUUGCCUUACAUUAGACCCUUACAAAGUUUUCUUAGGUGGAAAAUACGACACCAGAUUCAAUGUUCAAUGCGGACAAUCGUUUUUACAAUUUUGCAAAUAUACCCAAGAUAGUCUCUCACUAUACAUAAUUGCAUACGUGUCAACAUUACUAAUAGUUAUAGGACUGAUUCACUAUUUGAUGUGUCUUUCUGCAAAUUAUGCUCAUAUAAAAGAUUAUAAAAAGAUGAUGGAAUAUGAGGAAGCUAAAUAUCUGGAAGAACAAGAAAUGAAUAGUAUUGUUAAAAGCCGAUUUUAAAAUAUUUUUAUAUCAAAAUAAUUUUUUUUUAAAUAUUAUAUUUUAUAAAAUGAAUGUACACUUAGUUUAGAAAAAAAGGGUGUAGACUUAAUCAGCAUUUCAUUCCAUAUUAUUUGUAAAAUCAUUA